UGGCGUCCUUCUCUCUCUUUCUCCCUCUCUCUCCCUCUUUUCCAUAAUAACUUUUUGCUAAAUAUUCUUCCCUAUACUUUGAAUAAGACACAAUGAACAGGCAGUUCAGUUCCAGGUCUGGGGGUGGGGUCAGGGUCUCCCGCGGCUACAGUUCUUCGACUGCGGCCAUUCCUGGAGGGACAAAAGGCAGUUUCACCUCAGUUUCUUUAUCCCGGGCUGGGAGAAGCAGUGGAGGGCUAGGCGGUGGCUUUGGGAGCAGAAGCCUAUACAGCCUAGGAGUUAACAAAAGCAGCUCCAUUAGUCAUGGUACAGGUGGAAUUGGAGGCUUCUGGGGUGGUGGGAUGAGUAGUGGUGGUGGGUUUGGUGCAGGUGGGUUUGGUGGUGGAGGAUUUUCAGUUGGGGGGUACGGAGCUGGAGGUGGUUCCUUUGCAGGCUUUGGUGGUGGUGCAUCAGGAAUGGGGGGCUUUGGUGGUGGUCCAAGGAUGGGCUUAAUAGUUCCUCCUGGGGGCAUUCAGCAAGUGACCGUCAACUCCAACCUCCUGUCACCACUCAACUUAGAGAUUGACCCCGAGAUCCAAAAAGUGCGUGUGCAUGAAAGGGAGCAGAUCAAAUCCCUCAACAACAAGUUUGCAUCCUUCAUUGACAAGGUACGGUUUCUGGAGCAACAGAAUAAGGUUCUAGAGACCAAAUGGGACCUACUACAGCAACACAGCAGCACAGGUACUAAGAUCAACAUCGAGCCAAUGUUCGAGGCUUACAUCGCUAAUCUCAGGAGACAGCUGGAUACCCUGACUGGUGAUCGUGGGAGGCUGGAUGGAGAACUCAGAAAUGUGCAGGAUCAGGUCGAAGACUUUAGAAAGAGAUAUGAAGAUGAAAUCAACAAGCGCACUGCAGCUGAAAAUGAGUUUGUUGGCAUCAAGAAGGAUGUGGAUGGUUCCUUCAUGCACAAAAUAGAGUUGCAAGCAAAAGGUGAUAAACUGAGAGAUGAAAUCGACUUCUUGAGAGCCCUCUUUGAGGCAGAACUGGCUCAGAUCCACGGACAGAUCAGCGACACCAGCGUCAUCCUACAGAUGGACAACAACCGAGAUCUAGACCUCAAUAGCAUCAUUGCUGAGGUGAAAGCACAGUAUGAAGACAUUGCUAACAGGAGCCGGGCCGAAGCAGAAGCUUGGUAUCAAAGCAAGUUUCAGGAACUUCAGAGUACAGCAGCUGGUCACGGUGAUGACCUGAAGAGUACCAAGAACGAGAUUGCAGAGCUGAAUCGAAUGAUCCACAGAAUGAAAUCAGAAAUUGAUAACGUUAAGAAACAGAUUGCUCAGCUCCAGACAGCUAUUGCUGAUGCUGAACAGCGAGGGGAAAUGGCCCUGAAAGAUGCCAGGAUGAAACUCACUGAUCUUCAGCAUGCCCUACAAAGUGCCAAGGAUGAGCUGGCGCGCCUACUGCGGGAUUACCAGGAGCUCAUGAAUGUCAAAUUAUCCCUGGAUAUUGAGAUUGCUACAUACAGAACUCUGCUGGAAGGAGAGGAAUGCAGGAUGUCUGGAGAACUCACCACCCCUGUAAGCAUGUCGGUGAUCAGCAGUUCUUCUACCAUGGGCGGAAGCAGUUACGGCCUUGGCGGCAGUGGCGGCGGCGGCCGAGUGAGCAGCGGAGGAUUUUCCCUGGGUGGUGGUGGAGGAGGAGGAGGCAGCGGCGGCGGCGGCAGCCUUCAUCUCGGAAUGGGGGGUGGCAGUGGCGGCGGUUAUGGCAUGAGCAGUGCGGUCACUGCAGGAGGGGGCAGUUACAGCUCUGGCUUUGGUGGGGGGCUGAGUUCAGGAGGGGGAGGGGGCUCCUCGAGUGUGAGAUACAGCUCAACAACCUCAUCAUCAAGCAAGAAAGUAGUCAGAUAAAAAGGGAAACAACCAUGCUCACACAAGUGCAGCCACUUCUAGAAAAUGUUCAUAUCUGUUCUAACUGCCCGCAGCAACACCCAGCUUCCAAGCUAGUUGUCCUUGACUCAAUGCUGGGAGAAAUGGUCCCCCAAAUGAUCACACACAGAAAUGCAGUGGAUAUUCAUGAAGAAUGCCUUUCCACAGUGCCCCCUAGCCUAUAGAUUCUGUUGUUUAAGGCUAUAUUUCCCAAUUAACAUCAUCAUUGUGGCUGCACAAACAUCUAGACCUCAUUGGAAUAAAUGAGAGCAAACUUGACCAGAGAGCAGCGCAACUCCCACUUUGUUUAUCUUUUCCAUUCAGUCCCUGUUUUCCCGCUUCUCUCUGACACGGUUAACAUUGGCUGCAGUGCAAGAAUUCAGAACCACUUGCAGCGUGAAUGAAUCGAGGCACCCACAUUAAAUUACGUCAGCUGCUGUCUCUGUUCCAGUUGUUUGGGAGGGAGCGGGGACGGAACUGGCAUGACAGUUUGAAAUCUUUCAAAAAGUCCGACAAAACCAGCAGGAAAUUUACUUCAAAUUUUGGGUAUAUUUUUUCUCUCCAUUGAAGGCAAAUAAUAUGACACUUGGAUCCCAUUGUAAUAUUGCAAUCAUUUGGGGGCGUGCUCCAACUGCAAAAAAAUAAAGCACUUUAAUGCCCUGCUGAUUUCAGUGAGAGAAUUAAGGAUGUAAUUCAACUUUGCCCACUGAAAUGAAAGUGGCUGAUAAAAUGCUUAAUCUUUGGCUGGAUUGUACUGCUUAAAAACAAAACAAAACAACACCCUAGAAAACUUGAGUAUGUCAAAGAAUGACAUUUAUUUUAGAUCAUAGCUUCACUUCAAAAGACACAUUUAAAAUAAAUCCCUACUUCUAAUGACUUUGUUCUAAACUUUAGGCAGCAACUGAAUGUACAGUUACACACAGGGUUUUAGAAUGUGUAACACUAUGUGAAUUGAAACCUUAACGUCUGUGUUUUUUCCUAUGAAAUUCCAUUGCUCCAUUUGCAGAUUUGUGGACUGAUCUCUUGGAGCAUUAAGAAGUGUGGCAUACAAUGUAUAUCAUCCUCCAGCCAAGGUGACACUGGGAAUAUCAAGUACCAUUUUACAUAUUGAAAUAAUUUUGCUAUAAAAGGCAUCUGAUAUCCCCGUCAGUGCAAUCUGAUGCACAUCUACUCAGAACUAAGCCCCAUUAUGUUCAGUAGGACUUACUCACAGGUAAAUGGCUGUACUCUUAUGAAUCCUAUACCCACUUGCCUGAGUGUAAGUCCCCUUGAACUUAGGGGUCUUUACUACAAAGUAGACAUAUUGCGGAUUGCACUGUUCAUUUAUUUUGAAUUAUUACAAACCACUUCUGACACCAUGUGCCACAGGCACAGUCGGAACAGGGAAUUGUUUAAUGAACAAAAGGAGCAAGUGCACCAAUCAAUCAGCUUUGAUUCCUUUUUAAUUUUCAUGAGUACCCAGGACAAUGAUAGAGUUUGGCUUCAUCAACCUCACAGCAUUCAUUCCAGUGUAGUGGUCUUUAGGUCACAUACCACUUGCAGCUCCUAAGUGGAGCACAUAUUUGCCUUGGUUGGGUUGUUUUGCAAAGUGAUGAAUUUUACAAGUUUGAAUAGAAUUGACACACUGUUGAAGAUUUUAAGGAAUCCAUAACUUAGCAAGCACAUUCACCUUGAUUGGUUUCUGUCUGCUAGUGCUUAUUGUAAAUAAAAUUGCAGAGGCCUGUCCUUUUCUCACUGUUCAUUUUCCUGCAUGAUCUUUAUUGCCAAUAAACUGCAUUGUAAUA